GCAGCGCGACGACAGGAAGUAAGCUUCUGGGCUGCUGUGCCGCGCUAGGUCCCGGGCUUCUGAGAGGGACAGCACCGCGAUCUCCUCGCCCUUAUUCUGGAGGCGAUGGAUAAUGCCUGCGAGUCGCCCACGGAGAAGGGUGGGGAGACAGGGGAGUCCGAUGAGACAGCCGCUGCUCCCGGGGGUCCCGGGGCUACUGACACGGACGGAAUCCCGGAGGAAACUGACGGGGACGGAGAUGGGGAUUUGAAAGAAGCUGCGGCUGAGGAAGGAGAGCUCAAGAGUCAAGACAUCUCAGAUUUAACAUCAGUUGAAAGGGAAGACUCAUCAUUACUUACUCCUGCAGCCAAAAAGCUGAAAAUAGAUACCAAAGAAAAGAAAGAGAAGAAGCAGAAAGUGGAUGAAGAUGAGAUUCAAAAGAUGCAAAUCCUCGUUUCUUCUUUUUCUGAGGAGCAGCUGAACCGUUACGAAAUGUAUCGCCGGUCAGCUUUCCCUAAGGCAGCCAUUAAAAGGCUGAUCCAGUCCAUCACCGGCACCUCUGUGUCUCAGAAUGUGGUUAUUGCCAUGUCUGGUAUUUCCAAGGUUUUCGUCGGGGAAGUAGUAGAAGAAGCACUGGAUGUGUGUGAGAAGUGGGGAGAAAUGCCACCACUACAACCCAAACAUAUGAGGGAAGCUGUUCGGAGGUUAAAGUCGAAGGGGCAGAUACCCAGCUCAAAGCACAAAAAAAUCAUCUUCUUCUAGACCAAAGCCUCGGCAGGCCUGGUGCUGAAGGAAGAGCUGGUUUCAGACUUCGGAUUGCAUGACUUUCUGUACUGGUGCUCUAGUCUCUCCGUCCUCCCAGAAUUCCAUGAUGGUUUUAACAUCUUUCUGAAAACUCUGAUAUUCAUCACACCUAUCAGGCAUGCAGCCUGUUUCAUAUUUGCCUUGACCAAAUAUCGGGACUUCUUAGGGCAUUCGGAGGCAUGUAACUGUCCCUUGGCUAGUCGGAAGAAGGCCCACGGGCCUUAAGCAUCUUCUGGACAGGGAGCUGCUUUUAGAGAGAAACCCUUUCCAAGAGAACUUUGACGGUUUCACACUGAAUUUGCUAGGACUUAGGGUGUUUCUUACAUCUGGUUUUAAGUAGGUGAAACAACCAGAAACUUCUGAUUGUGAUACUCUAACAUGAAGGAUGUGGUGAUAGCAAGACUAGUGGGAUACUUUGUCCCUGUAAACAUUUAAGAUUGUCCUAUGGAUUUUGGUGAAUGAUCAUUAAAUUGUUUUCUAACUUG